AUGGUCAGGCUAUGUUGGGCAAUAGCAGCCGUGGGCUUGUUCACUCGCGCCUCGUCGGCAGAAAUAAGUUGCUUCGCCCCCGAUGGGAAGACAUUGGCCGACAACGAGACAUAUGUGCCCUGCAACAAGCUUGGUAUUCAGCAGGAUGGUAUCGAGUCGAGUUGCUGCCGCCUCGACGGGAAGGCCGACGAACGCGACCUGUGCGCCGCGACAGGACUCUGCCUCAACGGAGGUGUUCUUUUUAGGGGAUACUGUACAGACAAGACUUGGAAGAACCCGGCCUGUGUCGAUGUCUGCACAGAUCCCAAGAAACAUGGCUCGUCCAACGGCUCAGUUGAAAUCACCCCCUGCACCGACGGCAAGUACUGCUGCGGCAGCAACAACCUGGCCUGCUGCGGCACCGACGAAGCCUUUGAGAUCCCCACCAUGGCCGACAAGUCGACCGAGACGGCCAACCGCGCCGCUUCAGCCACCCGGUACAAGAACUCGACCAUUGGCCUGGCCGUCGCCCUUGGCAUCGUGGCUUUUGCCGCUGCCGCCGCCGUCCUCUGGCUCACCAGAAAGAACAGGCGUCUGAGCGACGGGUUAGCAUCCGGAGCGGUGCCGACCGCAUCACCUGUCGACGAGCAGCAGUCACCUGCCCAGCACAACGGGAGCAUCUACGACCCUCACUCGCCCACCACCGGCACCCAGAUGACCUCUGUGUCGCCUGCACCGCUACCGCACUCGUCUGGCGACAGCAAGGUCGUCACUGAUAGAGCCUACGACCAGAGGUACUCGGAGCUCGAUGGAACGAGCUUGAGCCCUCCGUAUGAGCGCUCAGCUGCGUCACCGCCGUUGCACCCAUCCGAUUUCAGAUUACCAGAGCAACAUAGUGUGGCAGGGAAUCAUGUUUCUUGA